CCGGUAACCCGCACCCCCCCAACACACACACCCCCACGUGACCGGAUGCGCCAGGCGGGCUGUUCUCGCGUGGCGCCGGGACCGGCUGCCGGCCCGCGGCGGGCGGGGGGACGGGCGGAGGGAGCCCCGCCCCCUGCCGCUGCCGCCGUUGGCGAUGGGCGCCCCGGGUUCCGCGUGCGCCGUGCGCGAGCCCCCGGCGGCGGCGCCGCCGCCCGCGCGGUCCCUGCUCCGCCACGUGCAGCUGGAGAACCUGGCGGCGGGGCUCAGCGGCGGCGUCCUCUCCACCCUCGUGCUGCACCCGCUGGACCUGGUCAAGAUCCGCUUCGCAGUAAACGAUGGAUUGGAGCUGAGGCCAAAAUACAAUGGGAUUCUCCACUGUAUGACCACUGUCUGGAAGCAUGAAGGACUACGAGGCUUAUAUCAAGGGGUAACACCAAACAUGUUGGGAGCUGGGGCUUCCUGGGGACUUUACUUUUUCUUUUACAGUGCCAUCAAAGCUUACAAGAAGGAAGGGAAGCUGGAAAGUCUUAGUGCAACUGAACACCUAGUGUCAGCUGCAGAGGCUGGAGCCAUGACUCUCUGCUUUACCAACCCAAUAUGGGUAACAAAGACACGACUCGUGCUACAAUAUAACGCUGGUGUUGACCCGUCAAAGCGGCAAUACAGAGGAAUGUGUGAUGCUCUUAUAAAGAUAUACAAGAUGGAAGGCGUACGUGGCUUAUAUAAGGGAUUUGUGCCUGGUUUGUUCGGAACUUCACAUGGAGCACUUCAGUUCAUGGCAUAUGAGGAUUUGAAACUGAGAUACAACAAGUAUAGAAACAGAGUAUCAGACACAAAAUUGAACACCGUGGAGUACAUAACGAUGGCAGCUGUAUCCAAAAUAUUUGCUGUGUCAGCGACGUAUCCCUAUCAAGUUGUGCGAGCUCGUCUUCAAGAUCAACAUAAUACAUAUUCUGGUGUGUUUGAUGUGAUCUGCAGGACAUGGAGGAAAGAAGGAAUUCAUGGAUUUUACAAAGGAAUUAUCCCCAAUAUAAUCAGAGUGACUCCUGCCUGCUGUAUUACCUUUGUUGUUUAUGAAAAUGUGUCUGGUUUUUUACUUGGUUUUAGGAAAGAAAAUAAUUAAAGGUCUUAAGAUAAUUGUUGGUCAGAUUCCACUCCUACAGAAGUGGAAAACUUCAUAUAAAAGCAACCCUGGGGUCUGUCAGAACUUUCUUAAAUCUUUAUCUGAGUUUCAUGAAGAAACAAGCAAGAUCUUCUGAAUCCACCUCUCUGUUAUUUGUCAGAUUUUAGGAUAUAGAAUGCUCCAAAUUCCAUUGCUCAUCCAACACAAAAAUGCUGCCUCGGUGGGGUGCAGUUUGGAAACUCCUAAUUGUUUUGUAAAACAGCUGUCCAUUCUCAGGUUUGAAUAAUUGCCAAUCUGAUGAAACCCAGUUCUUGUCUCAUUCCAGACAGACUUGCAUUGUGGUUUUUGGCUUGCUUUUAGCACCAGACCAAAGUAUAUGUUGUGUGCAACGCUGGCCGCUCACUGAAUUCAUUUUCUCUCUCGUCCCUGCCUGCCCUCUCUCUCUCUCAAUCCCCCCCCUGCAAGAUUCUGUCUGUCACUGAUACAUCUGACCAAAUACUAGUAAGUAAAUGUUUAUUUGAAUGUAGGCUUACAUUUUAAAAAUUUUUGUUUUGUAGUAAUCCCAUAGCGAUGCAGUUUUCAAACCAGUGUUUAUAACAACUCUGAACAUCCUUAUUUUCAAUAAUAUUCUCUGGGAAGAAGAAAUACUCUUAAGUCAUCAAAAAAAUACUGUGCACAGGGCUUAAAAAAUGAUUCAUUAAUGUCUUCUGAUUUAGUCUAAGGACAGGACUGUUAAGAAUAUGUUGAUUGCUAACUUAGUGAUAAACUAAAUUGCAGUACAUCUCAGUAAAUUUGUAUAAUAAUGAUGUUUAUUGGUAUGCCAAUAAUUGCUGUCAAGGAUAUGUAUUUUUUGGAGAUUUGGGUUUGUUCUAUUUUUUUAGUUGUUCUUUAGGAAAAUGCAUUACUGGCCAUAGCAACUGCCUCUGCUGUUAGUAGGAAGGUAUUAAGAAAUAUGUAGAAAGCAUCACUUACUUAACUAAGGAGGAAGUAAGUUAGCAAAGAUUAUUCUACAAGUAGGGGGAAAUAAUCAGUUUUGUAAGGAGUGGAGGAUACUAUCCAGCAAAACAUCUGAAUACAGAGAAGUUUCCUGUUUAACAGAAAACUGACCUAAAGUAGAAACAAGCAUUUUCAUAAAAAAACAAAAGUAGCAGAUUAGGGAAUUGGUUUCAAUUUUAAGUUACAAUCUUACAGAACCGCUCAAUAUUUUUAAUCUUAAUUCAGCAAUCCACUUGCUUGUUCCUGUUGAUCCUAUUGCCACAUACCAUAUUUUGUGUAUACUUAAUUUAUUAAUAAUUUACACUUUCUCCUCCACGAUCCCAUCCCCUCUACUGGUACAGUUGAUAAUCUCAUCUAGAAAGGGCACGUGGCUAUUAAGGCUGGCUUUGGUUUUUUAUUAUGAAAGUUUCCAUGUGUAUUUAGCUGAGGAUCAAAUAUACUGGAAGUUAAGCGUGAAAAUUACUGUAUAGAUCCCUAACAGCUACUAGCUUCUUCUGCCUUUGGAGGGUUUUUACUUGGUUUUGUGUGUUUUCUAAUACACAGAAUGAAUAACCAAGUUAACUCUGCCACCGAGGAUCCAAAAAAUGUUGUGAAGAUAUAUGAAUAAAAGUUGUGCACUUACUACCCUGGAUUAGUGUACUCCUCAUGCUUCAGGAUAAAUGCAAAGACAGGCUACAAGCAUGUACACAAUCAGUUACUGUAUGUUAACUGACAUUCUGUAAAUUCACACCAUAGCUUAGCUCAUAGUAACUUGUUUGUGUCCAGAUACCUUAAAACCCAUCCUCUGAGCCAAUGAAAACAGUACAGUUCUGCA